AUGUCUAAUUAUCAUCUCAGAACUAGCAGUCACCCGGUUUCCAGUCAACCAGCUUCCAAUGUCUCAAACUCAUUGCCGACCAUCACUCUGAGCAUUUGUGUCUUUAAGGGUUUCCCGCUAGAUUACCAAGAAUACCGACACGCUGGUCUUUGUUUCCGGCCUGACGGAGGAACAGCCAUGAUGAUUCACACUACCGGGCCAAACACGGCAUAUGAGCUCCAAACGAAGGAUAACUUUAACCCGAGCAAGAGUCUCAGCUUCGCCAAAGAAGUCACUGUUGGAAAAAUACGGACACCAAUGACCAAGGCUCGAUUAGCAGCUCUCAUCUACCAAACGCCGAUCGACAAUCGCAACCCCGAAUUCAACUGUCUUCUCUGGGUAGGGGACGCUCUCGAGAGACUGGCCGCAGCUGGGUAUAUAACCAAGGAGGAGUGUACCGGUGGUAUUGAGAAGAUGGUGGAUGCGACCAUGGAAGCAGAGGAGGAGCCAGAACCUGGUGACCCUGCUUAA